AUGAUAACUGGACAAGUCAGUAAGCUCUUGUUGUCAGUGCAGAGUGAAAUGAAUGCAGAGUUGAGAGGUGAGGACAAGGCAGCUGCUUCAGAAGACGAGCUGGAUAAGUCCCUGCUUGUGGCUGUGGAAUCAAAUGACAACGAGGACACUCCCAGCAAGCUCUUUGGAGCCAGGAGCAAUACAAAUAUUUCUGACCAGCACCAAUCCUGUAAAUCCCAUCCAACAUUCCCUGUUGGACCCCAGCCAUUGUUGACAGCUCAGCAGCUAGCCUCAGCUGUAGCUGGAGUGAUGCCAGGAGCCCCUCCAGCAUUGAAUCAACCUAUUCUGAUUCCCUUCAACAUGGCUGGACAAUUGGGUGGUCAGCAAGGUCUUGUCCUAACUUUGCCUACUGCUAACCUCACCAACAUCCAAGGGCUUGUAGCAGCAGCUGCAGCAGGAGGCAUCAUGACAUUGCCACUGCAAAAUCUACAAGCUACCUCAUCCCUGAAUUCCCAACUCCAGCAGCUCCAGCAGCUCCAACAAUUCCAGCAGCAGCAACAGCAGCAGCAGCAGAGCCAAAUUAGCCAGCAAGGACAGGGACAAGCUAGUCAAUCCCAGCAGCAACCAACACAGCCACAACUGCCUCAACAGCAACAACACCCUCCACCACCACCACCACCACCACCACCACAGCAACAGUCUCAGAAUCAAAAUCCACCAGUUCCAGCCCAUCAAACUUCAAGCUCCCCCACAAAGACCAACCUACCUCCAGUUCAUGCUCUUCCAUCUUCUCUCACAUCCUCAAACCCCCGUCAGCUGGUUAAUAAUCCUCUGGCAAGUCAAGCAGCAGCCGCAGCAGCUGCCGCCAUGGGCUCAAUAGCCAACUCACAAGCCUUUGGCAAUGCACUCUCCAAUCUUCAGGGGGUCACAGGUCAACUAGUCACUAAUGCCCAAGGACAGAUUAUUGGAACAAUUCCACUGAUGCCUAAUCCAGUCUCAUCCAAUCAAGCAGGAGGGGGAGCUCAGGGCCUUCAUGUACAGCCAAUUACACCACAGUUGUUGACCAAUGCCCAGGGUCAAAUCAUUGCAACAGUCAUUGGAAACCAGAUAUUACCAGUAAUCAACACACAAGGAAUCACACUAUCACCACUCAAGCCAGGCCAACAGCUCCAUCAGCCUUCUCAGACUCAAGUAGGACAAGCAGCAUCACAGACCAGUCUUCUACACUUGACUCAUAGUCAAGCAUCUAUAUCUCAAAGCCCAGUGCGCCAGGCUUCUUCUUCCUCUUCCUCAUCCUCCUCAUCUUCAGCUUUGAGUGUUGGCCAGUUAGUCAACAAUCCCCAAAUAGCCUCUAGUGAGGUGGAUGGGGUGAAUCUUGAAGAAAUACGAGAAUUUGCCAAAGCUUUUAAAAUCCGACGCCUGUCUCUUGGUCUCACUCAGACACAAGUCGGUCAAGCUCUAAGUGCCACAGAGGGUCCAGCGUACAGCCAGUCUGCCAUCUGCAGACACACCAUCCUGAGAAGCCACUUUUUCCUACCACAGGAAGCCCAAGAGAACACUAUAGCUAGCAGUCUGACAGCCAAACUGAACCCUGGCCUUUUGUAUCCUGCCAGGUUUGAAAAGCUGGACAUCACCCCUAAAAGUGCCCAGAAGAUAAAGCCGGUGCUUGAACGGUGGAUGGCUGAGGCUGAGGCCCGCCAUCGAGCAGGUAUGCAGAACCUUACUGAAUUUAUUGGAAGCGAACCAUCCAAAAAGCGCAAGAGGCGCACUUCCUUCACCCCACAAGCUCUUGAAAUAUUGAAUGCCCAUUUUGAGAAGAACACCCAUCCCUCCGGGCAGGAAAUGACAGAAAUUGCACAGAAACUGAACUAUGAUCGGGAAGUGGUUAGGGUAUGGUUCUGCAAUAAGAGGCAAGCACUGAAGAAUACAAUUAAACGUCUAAAACAGAAUGAGCCUGUGACAGCAGCCCCAAUGGAGUCCUUAACAGACUCUCUGAAAGAAGACUCUUAAAUGGAUAGAUUUAAAGGGAAAACACCCAGACCAAAAAAAAGGACAUCAUUUUAAACACUGGAAAUGUAUAAAGAUGCUUUUUCUCAUCUUUGUAAGUAAAAGAUUGAGAAAGCUACAAGAUGGACUGAAGAAUUUAUAAAUGUCUGUGGGAUUUCCUAGAAAAAAAAUAAAAAAUACACAGCACUUAGGGUGUGUAUGUGUGCGUGUGUGUGUGUGUUAGAACUAGUUCCAAUAAGCCAAUUUUUUUCUUAAUGGACUUAAAAAUAAACCAAAUAACUACUUACCUUUUCUGUACAUUAUGGACAUGUGAACUUUGUUUGUGGAAAAAGAACACAACAACGACAAGGACAGCAAACAUUUAAAUGUUCUUAGGAAGCAAGAGAGUACAAGCCUGCCACCUGGAGGAGUGAUUGUAGUCUUUCAGGUAUCAAGUGCUUCUUCACAAUGAAAACUAUUAACCAAAGUCAAAAAAAAUGACAUUAAAACUAAAUUGUUGGUCAACUCUUUUGGGAGUGCUACAUUGUGUUUUCAAUUUUUACAUUUGUCGUUUACAGAAAGGAAACAAUAAUAGUUAAAGGACUUUCUUUCCCCCUGCACCUUCUCACACAUACCCAGCACGUGAGUAAAUUUCACUUGGUUUGAGCUACAUUGCUCAACCUCAUGUUGAUCAUAUACAAUUUUGUGAUCUCCAAAUGUUUGUGUGCCAAAAUGACAGUUUUUCUAAACAAUGGGUUUUGGAAUUUGUAGACUUUAUUUGCAAUUAUAAUGAUCUUUCAUUUUAACUGACCUCCAUCUUAAUGCCACUGAAAUUUAUUCAAAAUACAAUUUAUUUAUUUAUUUUUUUAAAAAGUGCACAGGUUGUAACAGUCAGUUCAAGGACAUCUAAAGUUACUUGAACUUUCACUUACUGUAAACAACUUGUGACUUUCUCUGUCCUUUGGCCACAAAUUGGACAGGUUACCAAAGCUACUUUUGUAAUAUAAUUAUAAACUGCACCAUUUGGUCCAAAAUACAGUUCAAUGCUUAUGAUUUUUCUAUGUUAAGCAAUUUCUCUCUGAAGUCUGAUAGCCAAAGAAAUUUCUUGGGAUUCUAAUGACAGACAAGCUACUGGCAAAGCGAUAAAAUAAGUAGAACAUUAGUUAGGUUUGAUUUUUUAACUAAAACAUUUCUUUUGUCGUUAAUGCUUUUGUCAUUUGUUCCUUUAUUUAUUUAUUUAUUUAUUUAUAGCAUUGCAACCAUCAAGACUGUGGAUGAACUCAGAAGUGGUUUUAUGAUUGCUCAAAAUGAUUAGCUACAAAAUGAAUAUUUUGCAAUGAUUUAUUUAUCCUAAUUUUGGAGGGGAUGGAAGCAUUAAGGAACAGAGAGAUCCUAUGCAAACCAGCUUUAUGGGCAAAAAGCAUAUAGUGUGCGCUACAAAAGUCAGUCAGAAUUGAUUAAAUUUAUAUUUAAAGGUUGAAACUUGGAGUCAAGAGUUUUUCUCAUUUAUACAUUAAUGCUAAUUCCACACCAGACUCUUCAAAUACAUUUGAAUUUGAGGCCGAAUAACUAAAUAAUUUUUAGAUGAUCUUAAUGUAAAUCCAAAAGCUUUUUUCCUCUUCUAGUAAAACUACUCCAUUGUAACUGAGUAUAAAACAUCCGCAAAAACUGUAGCCUUCAGGAUUUCACCUGCUCAUAAAUUCUUUUCUGUCUUCCUGGAAGAUAAGAAGAGCUAAUCUUAGACAAAUCAGAUGCAGGAAAAACUGUUCCAUUCUAGAAGUUUAUAUAGUCUGAUUGCCAUUAAUUUUAUAUUUUUACUGGGGUUUUAAUCUACUUUUCAGCUUAAAUAAUUUUGCACAAUACAAUCUUUUGACAGAUUAUUCCUGAGAUGUUAACAUUACUUGAAACUCUUAAUGUACCACUUCCAAUCAAGUUUGGUUUUGUGCCAAGCAUGAGCUCAAUGAUCACAUAUUAACACUAUGUGAGCUUCAGUUGACCACAUACCACAAAGCAUUUAAUUAAAAUGGAAAAGGUAGAUUCUUCCUGUUUCUUAAAAUUCCACAGGAGCCAAAUAAAUUAUUGUGUUUAUAAAUAUCCUAUUGUUAGAAUAGAAAUAGUUAAAUAGAACCUUUAUGAAAACCAUUCACUCUUAUUCUUCAUAUAGUAUUAAAAGACAUAACACUACAUGAACAAAAGAGUAAGAAUUUUCCAUAAGCAGAAGCAGAUUAAUUACCUUAGCAUUCUAAAGUUAUAUAAAAUAAACAUCAAGGGUAUUGCUAAAUGUGGGGCUAUAGCAAGUCUACAUUCAUUAAGUUUUAGAUUGAUUGUGCUUGUUCAUUUUGUCAGAGUAGAUUUUUGCUUAUUUUCAAAGCAAUGAUUCAACAGAAUAAUUAUUUCUUAGAGAAUUAAACCUGUUGAAACUUAGGUAAAUUUAGCCUGCCAAGAUAUCAAAAAAUGCAAAUACUUAGGACUCUUCAGAAAAAGAAAAGAAUACAACAUCCCUUUAUACAAUCUAAAUUAUUUAAAUUAUACUUUAGUUAGCAAGAACCACAAAGUUUCUCUAUUGAGCAAACCUGAUAAAACAAAGAGGACAAAGUUUUCAAUUCUUCCAUAUUUAGUAAAGUUGCUUCUUCUCAUUCUUAAGAUCAAAGUUUCCAGGAAUCAAUAAAAAACAAUUUAAAUUUAAAACAACUCAAGAGUAAAAAGCCAUCCCAUUUCUAGAUUUGGUAGUAGUGCCCGGAUAUAAUAAUACACAAGUGCAAAACUUGCUGCUGAUUAAUUUGUUAAAGAUAUUCCCCAAAGCUAUACUUUAGUUAUGGAUAGUUGAUAGGUUUGAUUAAAAUUAUGUAAUGCUAAAGUCUAUUGGCCAAUAUAAAAAGAAAAAAUUGGAAGAGUUUUGAACUUCAUUCCCCUGUCUCUAUGAUUGCAAUAUGAGCAUCCAUACAGAUAUAAAAUAUUGAGUGAAAAUAAACUAUUGUACUAUUUGUCCAAGUUCAAAUGGACACAGCAGUCUCUGGUCAUGACAGUGAAAUAAAAGUUUUCUAACUCUUCCUUCAUAACUAUGCUAAACAGUCAAGAAUUCAGGGAGGAGUUUAUUCAUAAAACACUAAUUUGGAGUUUACUAUUAUGCUGAAUGAUCUGUCAAUUAUACAUUUUCUGAGUUCAGUUUGAAGAAUGAACAGGGAUUAAUUAAUUAUAACAAAAGUAUUGUUAAAUUAUUUUUGUGCUUUGUUCCUGGAUGUGUCGUUUUCUCUUUUGCUAGUAAAAGUCUAAUCCUACAGUUUUUUCCCUUCUCUGCAAAUCCAUGAGAUGUACCACAUAAUGGGAUAUACUGCUUUGUCACAAACUCCUGCAUUGAAUCACUGUAUAAGCAGCAUCGCUUCAGUGUUUAAGACGGUAUCAUGCCAAAAAAUGCUUACAUGUUGAGUGUACAGGUUCAAAUGAACAGAAAAAUACCAAAUCCAUCUAGAACUUUUCAAUUUAUGUUGUAAUCACACAAGGAAAUAAAUAAACAAAGAAAGGAAAAAGGAGCUAAGAAGGAACAAAUAGAGGCAUGUCAAAGUACUCAAGCUAUAACCAAAAAGAAAUAUGUAUAAUGCCUUUGCUCGUCUUCUCAAGGCUGGACCAAAGCUCAUUGUAUGUAGGUAUAUGCACAUUGUAUAGAUAUGGCUAAACGUUGCUGACAAUCUUGCAAUACUAAACUGUUACUAUUUUAAAAAAGAAGAAAAAAACCAGAAACUGUUCAUCAAUGUUUUACCUCAGCACUCUACUUGUACCCAGUUCAUGAGCAACACUGAAUUAAUUUAAAAUAAAAAUAGAAACUAAUUUCCAUGUAAAUGUACAAAAAAAAUGUUUCAGUAACAUUUUGUAUUAAGCUUUUUGUCAUGUUUGCUUGUUUCCAAUUUGAACUUAUAUGGGGCACAUUGUUUUAUUUAUUGCUGAGAAAAUGUUUCUUUUUUAACUUUUAUUAAUUUAAAGUUCCACAGCUUUACAAGCAUCCUGAACUGUUGUCAAAUUAGUUCCCUUAAGUUAAAAAAAGAAAUAAUUUAACUAUAAUAUAAAUUAAGUUAUAAUUUAUAUUAUAUAUUUAUAUAUCAGUCUUAUAUUAUUCUGGGUGCAGUACAGAAAUAUGAUUGCUGCAUAUCCUUCCUUCAUUUUAAUGGCAAUUCUGCAAGACUCCAGAGCCUGUUCCCUUGAAGACAAUGGAGGCCAUGUGGCAAUAAGAUACAGUGUUUUGCUCCCAAAAUCUACUGGAUGGGCACCAGGGUCACUUAUGAAGCAUGCAAAAGAGAUCUGCUUCUCCAUGCAGAAUACAUGCAGCAGGAAAGAUGGCAAAGACUAUGAUGGGAUAUAUUGUAGUCUUCAUUUUUGCUUUUAAAGAAAAAGAAAAAAAA